CAGUGAGAAGGGCAGCAGUGGCGAGUGGCUGGCAAGGAGGGGCUCUGCUUGCUUUGCCAGCCAAUGGCUGCUGCUCGGCGUGAAGUCUUCGAGAGCCGCCUUUGACUGAAGGAAGGGGACGCGUUAAUGAUUGUUGGAAAACUGUAGUCAAGGCGUCCUUUGGCCCAGAAACAGAGGAGCUGGCGUCGCGUUCAGAACAGCGAGUUGGGGCGCCUGCCGCGCGUUGCUCUUGAGGCCCCUUGCAGGCAGGCACGGCGGUCCGGCGUUUGGAAAUUACUCCUUGGGCUCAAGAAGGGGCUGGCGUAGGGGGCUCAAGAAAGCGCGCGGGAAGGGCUGGCGGCACCCUCGAGACUGCCUGCUGAAGGAGGGAGCCGCGGUAAAGCAGAGGGAAAGGGCUAAUGGACGAGAAUUGUGGCGCCUUUUUCGGAGCGCCCCUCGUUCUGGUGUUCGCCUUGGCGCGGGAAACGCUCCUUUUCCCCCUUGGAAAAUAGAAUAGGGACGCUGCGGUUAGUAACUCCAAGGAAGGGGAGAGCCUUAGGAGUUUCUGUCCGCGGCUCUAAAAGUCAGGAGCGACCUCCGCAGCAGCCAUUUCCAGCAGCUCCGUGCUCCUCGCCCAGUCCCUGGUUUCUAGGUUAAAUGUUGAUAAACAGAGAUGAACGCCGCCAAGCGCUUGCCCUUCUGCGUGGAGUUGGUUAAAGAUCGUCUUUAUUUUGCCAUUCUGUUCCAUAAACCAAAAAGCAGUAGUACAAGUACACACUAUUUCUGCAUAGAUGAUGAAUUUGUGUAUGAAAACUUCUAUGCAGAUUUUGGCCCACUCAAUCUGGCAAUGAUUUACAGAUACUGUUGCAAGCUAAAUAAAAAAUUAAAGUCCUUUACCAUGUUAAGGAAGAAGAUUGUUCAUUAUUGUGGUUUGGAUCAGAAAAAGCAAGCCAAUGCAGCUUUCCUCAUAGGGUCUUACACAAUAAUAUACCUGAGGGAAUCUCCAGAAAGUGUGUACAGGCAUUUAUUAUUUGGAAAUGUGUCCUAUCUUCCUUUCAGGGAUGCUGCAUUUGGUUCCUGCAGUUUUCAUCUAACUUUGCUUGACUGUUUCCAUGCAAUAAAUAAGGCAUUGCAGUAUGGCUUCCUUGAUUUCAAUACAUUUGAUGUAGAUGAAUAUGAACAUUAUGAGAGGGCAGAAAAUGGAGACUUCAAUUGGAUAAUACCCAAAAAAAUCAUUGCCUUCAGCGGACCUCACUCAAGAAGUAGAAUUGAAAAUGGGUAUCCACAUCAUGCUCCUGAGGCCUAUUUUCCAUACUUCAGAAGACAUAAUGUUACCACUGUAAUCCGCCUGAAUAAAAAGAUGUAUGAUUCUAGAAGAUUUAAAGAUGCAGGGUUUGACCAUUAUGAUCUCUUCUUUGCUGAUGGAAGUAUACCUAAUGAUGCUAUCAUCAAAGCAUUUCUGAACAUUUGUGAGAAUGCUGAAGGUGCUAUAGCAGUUCAUUGCAAAGCUGGACUUGGCAGAACUGGUACACUUAUAGCCUGUUACAUUAUGAAGCAUUACAGGAUGACUGCUGCUGAAACUGUUGCCUGGAUUAGAAUUUGUAGACCUGGCUCUGUGAUUGGAGCUCAGCAGCACUUCUUGUUGGAGAAACAGUCAGAACUUUGGCUGGAAGGUGAUAUUUUCCGUUCAAAGCUAAAGAAGACUCAGAAGCUUGCAGUUACAAAAAUCGUUUCAGGAGUAGAUGACAUUUCAAUUAAUGAUUCAAAAAAUCAGAAUGCCAGCAGAAAAGAUUCUGAACCGUACAGUGAUGAAGAAGAAACACACACAGUAACACAAGGGGACAAGCUCCGUGCCCUUAAAAGUAAAAGGCAGGCAAAAGCAUAUUCAGUUCCACUAACAGUAAUUCUGCAAUCCAGUGUUCAGAAAAGUAAACAGUCUGAACCUAGCAUUUCUGACAGUGCAGGUCUUACUAAAAGAACUACCAGGUCUACUGCAAGAAAAAGCAGUUUUAAAAGUCUGAUGCCUCAGAGGGAAAGAAGGAAAAGGGAUGCUUUACAACAAAUACGCUUAUGCACUGCCACUAAUCCAAGAACCAGAAGUGUGCUGCGUUGAACAAUGAGAAUUCAAGAGAAUGCAGAAAAAAAAGGGACAUUGUUUUCAAUUAAAACAUUGAAGAUUGAUUUUUUUUCUUUUAAAAAGUGGUCUAUUUUAACUCUUGUACAAGAGUGUUAAUUUAUUAUCACUACAAUAAUGAUUUUUUUACCGCUUUAAUAAUGGCCUGUAAAUUUUAGCCUUUUGUCUAAAUAUCUCUUUUAUCAAGAGAACUUUUUUUUGUACAAUGCUUAGGGACAAAAUGUGAUGGCAAUCAUUUAAUCUUCUGUCCAAUAUAAAGAAGUGAUGGGGGGGUACAUACAUUAUCUGUUUGGUGUAUAAAUUUUCAUCCCAAAUUGGUUUUCUCUUAUGAUGGAAAUGGAGAAAUUGGGAAGGUGUAGUCUUCUUCCCUUCACCACCCAAUAAUAUGAUUGCUGUUUGCAUACAUUAACUACCCUAAUUAUAUUAGGAUUUUUAUCAUAUAUUUCUAAAUCACUAUCCACCAAAGAGUGCUUUAUUUUCAUAGAUUUAGCUCCUAGUUUUGCAAAUUAUACCACUACCUAAAGUGUUACUUACUACUUUUAAUUAACAGAAACAGCUGGGAAGAAUUGCAACAAAUAUGUGCUGUUUUAAUACCACAGUCUUAAUUGUUAAGCUACUAGUGAAUUAAAACUUACUGUAUAGCUAAUACAAAUAAUAAUUGGACAAAAUGCACUAACAAAGCAUGGCUUUUCAUAUCCCCUCUAUGUACUUACACAUUUACCCCAUUCUCACUAAAAGGAAUGCUAGCAAAUCAGCUCCCCUUGCCCUGAGAACCUGUUCUUAGACACCACCCUUUCCUAGAAUUAAAUAUUGCAUGGUAAUAGUUCUGCUAAUAUUUAGACAUUCAUUUUAGCUCUGUUUGCAGAAAUAGGGGAUUGAAUUGGUGUUCUUCUGUAUGCAAAGUAUGUGGCAUAUCAGUGUUUUGAUUCUAAUGACAUGUCGAUAGGUUGGAUAGGGGAAGGAGUUGGAUUUGCCAUUUCUCUAUAUCUACCAUGUCAAAUUCAUUAAAAUUACAAAGUUACAGUUAUACACUUACCUUUCAGUGCAGAAGCAGCAGCAGAUCUGUACUGAAAUGUAGAGAAAGCAUUGUGGAUUAUAAUUAUUGCCAUUCUUAGUCUUCAGAAACUAAGCGAGAACUGUAACUAUUCUCUUGUCCCGUUUGGACUUCAGAAGUCCUCCUUGUUCAGGAGUAUCAGGUGUUUCUCUGCACCUUUGCAAUUUAGCUCUUUCCAGUCUGGGGAAACAACUUUACCCAAGGAAAAUUUUAUUAGUUGUGGCUAAUGCAGGUCAUCCUGAUGUUGGGUUGUGACUCCUUUUAGCCCUAGCCAACAUGACUGAAGUUAAGAAUUGCUGUCCAGUAUCUGGAAGGCUAAAGUUUGCCCAUCACUGGUAUAGAAGCUUUGCUAUAGUCUGCUCUAUAUUCCUUUAGAAAAGAAGAGCUAUGUAAAAAAUAAAAAUUUAGAAAAUGCUUGCUGUACCUGAAGCCCAAAAUAUCUGUAACUAAUCAUGCCAAUAAGAGUAGAUAAGAGCAUUGGGAUUUUGUCUUGAACAGCUACCUUGUUAGGAGUAUUGUUAAAUUUUAGGAAUAUGGAUUUUUUAGAAAGUCACAUAGCACUAGUACUGAAGAGAACUGGGCCGUGUUUUAGGGCUGAUAGCCAUGUUGAUCCUCACAGCUACUUUAAUAAAUUCCUACCAUUAAGUCUCUCAUCAAAUCUUAGGAGCUACACAAGAGACCUUCUCCAGGAUAAUCUGUCCCCACCCUGGCCCUUCAGAUCUUUUAUUGAUGCACUCAUUGCCAUUGUAAUCGAGUCUAUCUAUCUUGCUGCUGAUGGUUCUCCUUUCCUCUUUCCCCAGCAUUAUAAACUUCUCAAGAGAACAAAGUCUUCACACAAUGUGUCCAAAAUAUGAUAAGUGUAGUUACUUGUGCUUCAAAUGAGAAUUCUGGAUUGAUUUGCUCUGUGAUCCAUUUAUUUGUUUUCUUGGCUAUCUAUUAUAAUCUCAAGAGUCUUCCAGCACCAAAAUUCACAAGUGUCAGUACUCUUUUUAUCCUGUUUCUUCAAAAUCCAACUUCUGCUUCUAUAGAAUGUCACAGUCUACAUGAUCUGAUCUUUGUAGGUAUAGACACAUAAUGGCAUCUGAAUAUUUUUCAUAAGGCCUUCAUUGCUACCCUGCCAA